UUAGAUACUAUAGUAACUUAAGAAUUUUAUGACACUUUUAAGUAAAUUAGAUAUUAGUUGUAAACUUGCCUUUACUGAAUCUCAAGAGCACUGGCCAGAACACGCAAAGCUCAGAUGCCUUGGCCCUCCCCCAUGGAUGCUUUCUCUUCUCACACUCCUCACUCAUAUUCUUCUCACCUUCUCCAUAUCAGCAGCGCAUAAAUGGAGCUCUAGAGCCGUACCUAUUCACCCCAUAACCAUUUCCUUGUCACUGGUUUGAUCCCAAAGUUCACCACCAUUGCAGCCUCUGUUUCGUUCCUUCUCAAACAGGAGCUGUCAAAUUCUACAAACUUCUUGUUUUUUUCAUCAAGGCGGAUAAGUAGAGAUGUCAAAUGCUAGCAAAAAUUGCCUCCACAAGAGAUGCCCAUCCAUGGAAGACGACUUAAAGAAGGCAGCAGCAGAAGGAAAAUUUGAUCCGUUCAAAGAACAUUUAGAUCAUCUUGAUUGCAUAGUCACAUAUAAUAGGAACACAAUACUUCAUGUUCAUCUUGCCUUGUUAAGAGAAAGAUCUACUGAGUUUAUAAAACAAGUAGUUGGCACUUGCCCCAAGUUGUUGACGCAGGAAAAUCGUGACGGUAAUACUCCAUUGCACAUAGCAGCUAGGCACGGGCAUACUGAUGCAGCGGAAGAGCUAAUCAGACAGGCUGAGGCCUUACAUGGAGACAACAUAGAAGCAGUGAGGGAGAAGUUAAGGAAGGAAAAUAAAAAGAAAGAAACAGCCUUGCAUGUGGCAGCCAGAAAUGAAAGAAGUGUGGGUGUUGUCAAAGCAAUAUUGAGCAAGGAAGAUCCUCACCACAAGUAUCCUCCUGAUGAACAGGAUGAAACUCCUCUUUACUUGGCUGUUGAUAACACUUGUACGAAUAUAGUGGCUGAACUGUUAAAUCAUUUCAGUUCAGAAUCUUUGGAUCUGGACAGUGAUGGUCAUGAUAAUGUGAUGCACACGGCAGUACGGCGCUGGAGUACAGAGAUAGUAAGUUUGCUCUUGAAGAAAGAGAGUAGUUUGGCCAAAAAACCAACUUAUUACGGAUGGACACCGCUUCACACUGCUGCAGAUGAAGGUUGGAGCUCAAUGGUGACAACUCUAUUAGACAUGGAUAAAUCUAUUGCAGGCUGCAUUACUGGAGAUUCUUGGAAGAUGACAGCUCUUCAUAUAGCAGCUGUAAGAGGCUUUAAACAUGCAAUGAAUGAGAUUAUUUCUAAAUGUCCGGAUAGCUGUAAAAUCACUUGUAGAAAAGGCCGAAACGUUCUUCAUUAUGCAACGUUGAGUGAAAAUGAUGAAGUGCUGCAAGCAAUCCUUGAAACUCCAUCGUUGGUUUACCUUAUAAAUGGAAAAGAUCAUGGAGGGAACACGCCCGUUCAUCUGUUCAAGGCUCUUAAUCUCCCUUUGCCUUCUUUCAUAGUUGAUGGAAAUACUGAUGCCUUCAUCCUUUGGAAUAAAUUAUACGAUGAAAUCCCUGGAGACUUUAGGGUGAAGGAUUUGGCAAAAGCCAUUCCAUAUUUUCAAAAUUUGACGCAGGCUGAUAAAGAGAUUAUGGAUGAAUAUGCCCAGGAUGAAUAUUUUUGGGAAGUCUCUGCAGUGAUUUACAUUAUGGCAGAGAGUAAAACUGAGGAAUUUAUGCAUGAAGAAAAUAAGAUUCUGGCAGAGGGUAAAAAAACUGGGAAACUCAUGAAUCGUAGAUUGAAAAAGAGAGAAGAAAUGAUAAUAGAUAAACUGGAAAAAGCCAAGGACUCUCAUUUAGUUGUUGCAGCACUUGUAGCAACAGUAACAUUCGCCGCGGCAUUCACUUUACCAGGAGGUUAUAUAAGUGACAAAGAUGAUGCAGCGAACGGAACUCCCAUUCUGAGCAGAAGCUCAGCUUUUAAAGCAUUCGUUAUAUCAGAUACCAUAGCUAUGGCUCUUUCUACUUCUUCUGUCUUUAUCUACUUUAUUUCGGUGAUGUUAGGAUACAGUCCAAAAUACUAUUGGUUAAUAAGGACUGCCUUCAGAUUUAUCUUUCUUGCUAUGGGAGCAAUGGUGGUUGCAUUUGUGACAGGCACUUAUGCAGUUUUAGCACCGUUCUUAGGGCUUGCCGUUGCUACUUGCGUUAUUGGUUUGAGUUUCUUCAUCUUCUUGUUUUAUAUUUUGCUAAGGUUAAUAUAUGAUUUUCAUCCUGCUGGUGAUGCUAAUGGUGGUGAUGACACUGCGAGGAUACUAACUAUCUCUUGGAUAAGUUGUGGAGGCUGGUGGUUGAAGAAUUAUAUAAACAAAAGGAUUUAAUGAGCGCUUAUAUCCCAUCAAAAAAUCACUUUCUAGUGUAUGAAUGUCAUGCAUAUAUUGACAUACUUCAGUGUAAUAAUUUUGGAGGAUUGAUGCUGAAAGAUUUACAUUCACUCUGAAUGAAUAAAAUGGAUUUGAAUAUCAAUUUGAGGCUCUUCAUCUCCCUUUCCCUCUUUCAUAUUUGUAGCUCUUGAAUGUUGAAAACGUUCUCCCGAAUCAAAAAGUGGAAUUAAGAUGAUUUCACAAU